UGUCUUUGAGGCAUAUAGGGCCAUAGAGAUUUCGAUUAAGGAUGCUUCGUGGUACCUCGCAACUGUUUACUUUGAUUGCGUGACUACACACCAUGAUUGAGUCAUAAUAGCGUGACGCACACAUGCCGCUUAUAUGGUUCACAACAACCUGUAACCGUCAGAUAGAUAGAUACACUUUAUCAAUCAGGCAGAGCAGUAACAUUGUAUUGUGGCUUCAACCCCACGUUUGCUCUUGGAACGCGCAACCACCAGAACAGAAAUGGAUCGAAGCUACAUUCGUGGUUUCGCGGUAGAGCGUUAAAUAACGUUAGGGUGGUCAUCAUGGCGAUGUGUGACUGAAGAAGGAAGAUGCUAGUUAACAUGUUUGCCACUGCAGUAAGUUACAUGGGCCUCUGUGUGCCCAGGCUCCUACAAGUAUCCGAGGAGGAGUUCGGUUCUGACGGGGUCAUCGGGCUUCACCUUUUCCUGAUUCUCCUCUCCAUUCUCCUGCUCCUGUUCUGGGUCAUCCAUUUGUGUAAGGACGAUGAUGAUGUCUUCGGCGACAUUGACCAAGCGCUGGUCAAUAACUUCACAGAGGGAGUUCAUCUCUACUACAGCUACCUCCAACGACUGGAGGAACUAACAUUACAUAUGGAGGACCUCACCUCUGAGGUGGACCUGGAAUCCUGCUCUGACCCCCAAUCGUGCUUUGACUCAUGCUCAUCCAGAUCAUCUUCUAGAUCACAUUCUAGAUCACAUUCUAGAUCUUCGAGAUCCUCCAGAUUUAGUGACUGCAGCACAUGCCGAGUCUGCAAUAAACGGCGGAAACGGCAUCCACCUGACAGGUUUAAAUUCCUGAAAGGCGGUGGUCCAGAUAGUCGCUGUUCUUCAAGUAGUCCCAGCCCACUGGCUAAGCCCUGCCUCAAGCUACCAGGAGAUGGUGAUGUUAAGGACAGUCACAAUGGCUCCACACGUGCCUCCUGUAGCUCCUCCUGCAGCUCCUCUAGGUAUGUGACUCCUUCUGGCUCCCCUCAACCUCUUGAAUACCAGCCCUGCCCUCGUCAGCGUACUGCUAUUGGUUGGAGGCUAAACUGGACUCUGAUGGAGGCCAAACUGGACUCUCCUGUCGCUGUGCCUGUUGCUGCUGCUUCUACUGUCACUGGCUGUAAAGACAGAGCUGCCGGCCGCACAGACCUCUCCAGGACUCCGACUGUGAGACAUAUUCAAAUGGUGAGACAGCUGUUUGAAGUUGUGCCGAGGAAUGGAGACCCGGCCGUCCUGUGCCGCUGGCACCGCAGACACUUGGAACUCAACGUGACACAGAAGGUGGCCCGCAAGCGCUGGAGGAUUGCCGUGCUGAUGAUCUCCAUCGUUAGGUGGUUGAUCCCAGAGAGACUGAAGAGGGGAGGCACCACCAACUCAACCUCCACCUCUGCGUCCACCCCGACCACCACCACUACCACCACCACUACCACCUCUCAGGCCAAGAAAGGAUCAAAGAUCACCAGGAAAACUGCCAGUGUUCCAGCUUUCUGCCCUCAGGGUGCCAACCCUCCAUCUCCCUCCAAGGCUCCAUGCCAGUCUCCAGGGUUAGAGGGUAAAUCCAAGUCCAUCAUGAUGUACGCUCAGGGCGCCAGGAUCCCCUUCAUUUGCCAGGAGGUCCGAGAGAAGCUUGAGUCUCAUGUUUGCCGCAAGCAGAGCCAGCUCCUCUGGGGCUUCCCCAAGCUGGUCACCAGGUACGUGGGCAACCUUGCGCUCCAGCAGCUCCCUACCUCCGGCAGCGCAGGUGACGGGAAGAUUAUGGGCAAUGUGACUGACCAUCAGGCGGUGUUCUCUGGACGAGCGCACCGCAACACAGAGUUCAGGUUGAAGAAUAAGACUACAAGGCCAGCGGAGGAGCCACAGGCUACUGCAGCCGUAGCGAAGGACAGCUCACCAGCCACCAGACCUGUGGAGAAGACUACCACCAGCACCGUGCUCCAGCCAGCCGAGACCCAUGCUACCAAACCCUCCCAGACCAGACACUCUCUGAAUCAGACAUCCCCUGUGAGGAGCUUGACCCCGGAGAGAUGCUGGCUGGAGGAGAAGGUGAGGAGUAAGUGUAUGGAGGUGAAGCUCAAACACUUUCCUGGCAUGGUGGCCCAGUCAUACCACUCCGCCCUUGCUUCGGCAACCAGCCAGCCAACUAGGAAACCCACCCAGGUGGCAGGAGCCCCCGCUGUUGUUCUGAAACGUACUGCCCCACUCAGACGGCGGGAUAAGGUGUUGUUCAUGGGCCAGGAGGAGCUCAGGCACCUGGAGGACAACCUGAUCAUGAAACACAUGGAGCACCUUCAGAGGCAGGGAGUGACGACUGCCUCGGCCCCCUCGGCCCACACACGGGGAGUGACCACCGCAUCGGCCCCCUCGGCCCACUCCCAGGGAGUGACCACCGCAUCGGCCCCCUCGGCCCACUCCCAGGGAGUGACCACCGCAUCGGCCCCCUCGGCCCACUCCCAGGGAGUGACCACCGCCUCGGCCCACUCCCAGGGAGUGACCACCGCAUCGGCCCCCUCGGCCCACUCCCAGGCAGUGACCACCGCCUCGGCCCCCUCAGCCCACACCCAUGGAGUGACCACCGCCUCGGCCCCCUCGGCCCACACCCAGGGAGUGACCACCGCCUCGGCCCCCUCGGCCCACUCCCAGGGAGUGACCACCGCCUCGGCCCACUCCCAGGGAGUGACCACCGCAUCGGUCCCCUCGGCCCACUCCCAGGCAGUGACCACCGCAUCGGUCCCCUCGGCCCACUCCCAGGCAGUGACCACCGCCUCGGCCCCCUCGGCCCACACCCAUGGAGUGACCACCGCCUCGGCCCCCUCGGCCCACACCCAGGGAGUGACCACCGCCUCGGCCCCCUCGGCCCACACCCAGGGAGUGACCACCGCCUCGGCCCCCUCGGCCCACACCCAGGGAGUGACCACCGCCUCGGCCCCCUCGGCCCACACCCAGGGAGUGACCACCGCCUCGGCCCCCUCGGCCCACACCCAGGGAGUGACCACCGCCUCGGCCCCCUCGGCCCACACCCAGGGAGUGACCACCGCCUCGGCCCCCUCGGCCCACACCCAGGGAGUGACCACCGCCUCGGCCCCCUCGGCCCACACCCAGGGAGUGACCACCGCCUCGGCCCCCUCGGCCCACACCCAGGGAGUGACCACCGCCUCGGCCCCCUCGGCCCACACCCAGGGAGUGACCACCGCCUCGGCCCCCUCGGCCCACACCCAGGGAGUGACCACCGCCUCGGCCCCCUCGGCCCACACCCAGGGAGUGACCACCGCCUCGGCCUCCUCGGCCCACACCCAGGGAGUGACCACCGCCUCGGCCCACGUGCAAAGCUCACACAGCCUGGCUCUAGAGACCUCGGCCCACACAGCUACUGUCUCACAACCCCAUCCUGCCCUCAUUAAACAGCUUGUGCUGAUGAAUGGUUUGGAAGGAGGCUUCGUGGAGCUCAAGACCCUGCUGGCUCCACAACAGCACGAGGUGAAACCUAGCUCAGCCACAGCCAAGGUGGUAUCUGGACCAGCUGAUUCUGCAGUAUCAUCCAACACUGAGGACCAAAGCUCCAGCGGGCUCCCUCUGCCUCCUUUGAUUAGGCCUCCCUCUCAUUUUAUUUCUGCAUAUUUUACCUAAAGAUGUAUUCAGAAGUGAAUAGUAUGUAUUCUUUCUACCAAAUACAUUGUUUUGCAUUUCA